AUGCCAGAUUUUAAGCCUAAAACUUCACCAGACCAAUUUAUGGGGACUGCUAUCCCGCCUGAGAUUGUUUACCAAAUACUCACGUACCAAUUUAGAGACUUGUUACGAAAUGACCAUCCAGGAACUGCGGAAAAGUUUAACGAAAAUUUAGCUACGUUUGUCAAAAGUAAUCUAACCGUCAACAAGACAUUCUCUCAUAUUUGUCAAGUUCUCAUUUAUAGAUAUUGUAAUUUGACUACCGCAAAGAGAUUCCAUGGUCUUUUGCAAACUUUAAAAGAUAAUAGAACGCUUUGUAAUAAAGUUGAAGUAGCGGAUUUCCAAGAGUUGACGUCCAUUGGACUGGGGAGAUCUAGUGAAAUGAAUAAAUUGAUUAAAAAUUUGACUAACGAAACUCUUCUCGAGUUUUUGAUGCUCACGAAAGCAAACUUGAGAGAAUUCUUAGCAUGUGAAAAUAUCCAGGACGAUUUGGAUGAUAAUAUCAUAAAAUAUAUCCUAUCUCCGGGCAAAGUAUUGAGUGUAGUUGAUUUCUGUGGCUGCUCAGGUACCAGCUUCACAGAAAGUUUUAUUAAGGCCUUGGAAUAUUACUAUCCCAAUAUGCCGACUGAUCAGUAUCAGGUAGAGCCUAUCCAACAAAGUUAUCAAAUUACCUGUUUAGGCCUAAAUGACUGUAUUGAUCUACCAUCCCGCGUCCUUUGGAAGAUCUUCAAGAUGCUACCUGAACUACAGAAACUCGACCUGUCUCACACGUCCAUUGAUGAUAAUACAUUAUAUCAUGGUAUUCCUCAUUGGAAAAAUUUGACCCAUCUUUCCCUAGCUACCUGCCUCCAAGUUACGCCAAGAGCAGUUCUGGAAUUUUUUAGUCACCAUCCAACAAUCACGGAUCCUGAUAAUACUUCUACAUUGGAAUGGUUGAAUGUCAGCGUCAUAGCUCACUCAUCAUCUUGGAAUGAGGUGCAUACAAUGUUUUUAUUGAAAAAACUCUGCCAGCAUGGUCAUAAUAAGACGUUGCAAUACCUAAACAUUGGCGGUUUACCAUUAUAUAUCGCGUCAUCCUUUAGUGAGGAUCUUAUCACUGAAUCCACUUACUACCAUCAAUGCCGCGAUAACUUACAGUUUAUAAAGUGGAAUUUCCCCAAAUUAAAAAGUUUAAGUAUAAAGGGAAACAACAUCCCGAUAUCCGCGCUUGUGGAAUUCUUGACACCAAUUGAUCAAGAUCAUCCUAAUUGUGUUCAAAAAUUAAAGUUUUUAAAUAUCUCCGGCAACUCAUAUGUCAAUAAAUGGACCAUUCAAGAUUCGUUACUAUAUACCUGUUCGCCAACUUUGGUCGCCUUAGAAGUAGCUUUUGAAUCCUGGCAACAAAUUGAAAAACUAAAUGAAAGACAUGAAAUAAUUGCGUAUAGAUAUAAAAAUCCUAAUUCUGUUAUCAAGGAUAUCUCAACUGCCGAACAAGUGAAAUGGAAAUGUUAUAUCGAUUCUUCUUACGGUAGAAGGUAUUGGCUAUAUAAGACAGAUCCAUUUUUAAAUCGCGAUGAUUUGGAAUCCAAGUCAAAUUUAACCAGAUACGAUUUGGAAGGUCACAAAAUUAUAGAGAUCAUCAAUCAGCCUGAUUUUUUAAAGUUUGCUCAGAGUAAGAUCAUGCUUGGGUGUGGGCUAGUUCCUCAAAGUGGCGUCAGGCGUAAAUUGUGUUACAGAGAUUUGAAACCACCAGUUUCCCAGUUUUUAAAUAGAAGAGGUGCAAUCAGUCUUGGUCACACACCACUGCCAAUAGUUACUCCAACAUUACCUCGAGGUGGCUGGAGAAUAAUUCACAACGAGGAUGAACACAACAAUGAAAACGAUGUUGCUAUCCCAAGAAGGACUUUGCUAAAUAGGCCUUCCUUAAGAAGCAAUAAUGCGUCUUCCCGUGUCGACUCAAAUGCUAACAAUGCUUCUGCAGCGUCUCUAAUUAGAGAUGGGUUGUACUGGGAUAGAUCUGUGCAUGACUUGCGUGAAUUAUCAUUGCAAGAACAGAGAAUUCAGGACUUGGCUGAUGAGCAACAGGAGCUAAGAACAAUGGCGAACUAUGAGGAGACUGACGAUGAGUAUUUGCAUAAUCCCGACCUACAACGGAGAAGGUCACAACUACGGCUGUUUGAAAGUUCGCGGUCACGUUCUGGAAAUAAAGUGAGGCCGGGUCUCACUGGGGAAAAUUCUUCCUCGGGAUCAUAUUUGUCCUUUUCUCAUUUGAAUCAUCUUCACAAGCGUAAGAAUUACUAUUUCACCCAUCCCGAUGAAUUCAUCUAUGAUCUAAAGGAUCCUCGGACUACUCAAAGAUACAGAUUGCAUUUUGAAGUAGUCGACGAAUAUCAGGUUUUUGGGUGCAUCGAACGGGGAAUGUAUAGAUACUAUAGUUUAAAAGCAUAA